AGUAACGCGAAGAUUUGUGCUUACCUGUCAGUUGUAGUCGCUGCUAAAUUCACACGUAAUCACCUUGAAUUGGUUCUCUGUUAGUCGGACUGGACAUAUUUGGAGCUGUUUGAAAGUGUUGUUUAAGCAUGGACAGUGAGGGGAGGAAAGUGGUGGUUUGUGACAAUGGCACAGGGUUUGUCAAGUGUGGCUUCGCCGGAUCCAACUUCCCCGAUCACAUCUUCCCAGCGAUGGUGGGCCGACCAAUCAUCCGCUCAACCACCAAAGUGGGCAACAUCGAGAUUAAGGACCUGAUGGUGGGGGACGAGGCCAGCCAGUGUCGCUCCAUGCUGGAGGUGUCCUACCCCAUGGAGAACGGCAUGGUGCGCUGCUGGGACGAGAUGCUCCACCUGUGGGACCACACCUUCGGCCCCGACCGCCUCAACAUCAACCCGUCAGAAUGCAAGAUCCUGCUGACUGAGCCACCAAUGAAUCCCACCAAGAACCGUGAGAAGAUCGCAGAGGUCAUGUUUGAGAAGUACCAGUUCCACGGCAUCUACGUGGCCAUUCAGGCUGUGCUCACUCUGUACGCUCAAGGUUUGCUUACCGGUGUGGUCAUUGACUCUGGAGAUGGUGUCACCCACAUCUGUCCAGUUUAUGAGGGUUUCUCUCUGCCUCAUCUCACACGACGGCUGGACAUCGCAGGACGUGACAUCACAAGAUACCUCAUUAAGCUCUUGCUGCUCCGUGGUUAUGCCUUCAAUCACACGGCUGACUUUGAGACUGUUCGGAUGCUGAAGGAGAAGCUCUGCUAUGUGGGAUACAACAUUGAACAGGAGCAGCGUCUGGCCACAGAAACCACUUACCUGGUGGAGGCUUACACGCUCCCUGAUGGCCGGCAGGUGAACGUUGGAGGGGAGCGAUUCGGGGCCCCUGAAGCUCUCUUCCAGCCUCACCUCAUCAACAUAGAGGGAGCAGGAGUGGCCGAGCUGCUGUUCAACACCAUCCAGGCGGCAGACAUCGACCUCAGGGCUGACUUCUACAAGCACAUCGUUCUGUCAGGAGGCUCCACCAUGUACCCCGGCCUUCCAUCCAGACUGGAAAGAGAGAUCAAGCAGCUCUACUUGGAGAGGGUGCUGGACGGAAACACUCAGAAACUAUCAAAGUUUAAGAUCCGAAUCGAGGAUCCUCCGAGGCGUAAACACAUGGUGUUCCUGGGCGGCGCUGUGCUGGCAAACAUCAUGAAAGACAAGGACUCCUUCUGGCUGAGCAGAGAGGAAUAUCUGGAGAAAGGCCUGGGAGUGCUGCAGAAACUGGGAGGUGGAGUCAGAUAAAGUACAAGAAAAUAAAGUAAAUAUAUCUGAUAAACAAAAACAUCAUCUGAUUUUUUACGACUUUAAUAUCAACUCCUCACCUCUGGCAAACAUCUGCAGUCUUUUCCAUUCCUGUUAGUGCUAAAAUGUUUGGUUUCAAAUAAAAAUCAUGAACAGAUUGUUACAUAUUCUUUAAUAUCUGUUUUUUUUUCAGCUUUUAGUAGUUUUUAAUUCUAAACUGAACAUUUUUUAGAUGUCUUAACACUUUUUUGGACAAAAAAUAGUUGAUUUGAUUUUUAUGAUUACCCUAAAAAAAUCUAACAAAUUCACACCAAAAGCAAUCAAAAGUCCUUAAAGUAUCAAUCUAUUUAGAUGUUUGUUAUAUAUAAAACAACUGGUAGGUGGUUUAUUUUUGUUAUUUUGCUGCUUUGAACAGAACAAUCAAUAACUCAGAUUUAGAUGACACUCAAUUAUGAAUUUGAAACAUUUUUUUAAAAAUACAUUUAAAAUGAGUCUUUAUUCAGCCUUCUGCAAUGCUGAUAAGGCUUUGGGAUGAAAAAUAAAUGAUCUGGAUGAAAUUCUAACUUUUGGAGGGAAUCUAGCUCCAUAUUGUACCAAUUUGGGAAUUUUUCUUGUGUCAUAGCUGUGCGGAACUACUGGAACUACUGAACAGAAAAUGUCAAACUUUGCUUUUUAAGGUCAGUUAUUUCUCACAUCCUACUGUAAAGUAGAUUUUAU